AUGGCAGGCAGACCGAGAAGAAUCCCUUUGGGGGGUUUUCUGAGCAUACUUGUUUGGAUUCUACUCGCGUAUCAGACAUCACUCGCCUCAGCAGACGCUAACGCGGGCUCGCAUUAUCAUCAUGGUCAUCACCACCUCCAUGCUCGUGGAUCACCCCCAGCAUCUUCUGAAGGCCCCAAGCCAUCCGUCAGCGUAAGCGAUAGCGUCGAGGUUGCCCGACAAACCGUGGAGCAGGCUCUUGAGGCCCUGUCAGUUAUCAACAAGCUUCGCCUUGAACACGUUCACUUCAACAAGUACGAGUUUGCCCACACCGAAAGCACCUCACGAACCCCGGCUCCGCCUCUCGACGUUACCGCCCCUUCAGUAAAUUUCACAAAGCGAUCAGGUACGAAUGUCACCGCUCCUGGCGACUUCACGUACUCCAUCCCGGACGAGCUGAGAGAGGCAGCACGGAUUGUCGCUGAAUCUAGUCCUCCGGCCAAGGCCACUGGUGAUCACGAGCAGGUAGCCGCUGCGAUACGGAAGAAGUAUGCACUCAAGACCAACGAUACCAAUUUCCCCCCGCAACGCUUGCAGAAACCAGAUGGUUUGGACGGCUAUGUAGCUGGAUGGGAAGAGCGAGGGAGCUCGUCGGCCCAAAACCAAAGUUUAUCCCCCGCAGAUGAGCACGAAAAAGUCAAGCGAGAGGCAACCACGUACUGGAUGGUGGAGAUGCAGCAACGUGGCAAGAGCCCUUUUGCACCCGAAGGCUACAAAAUUUGGCGAAAUGUCAAUGACUAUGGCGCCAAGGGAGAUGGUGUGGCCGAUGACACGGCGGCCAUCAACAAGGCUAUCGCUGAUGGCGGCCGUUGCGGUGCCAACUGUGGUUCUAGCACCAUCUAUCCGGCAGUUGUCUACUUCCCUCCUGGAACGUACUUGGUCAGCAGUUCCAUUAUCCAAUACUACAACACGCAAUUUCUGGGUGAUCCAAUCCAGGUGCCGACCAUUCUUGCAGCGGCGAGCUUCGUCGGGCUUGGAGUCAUCACCUCCGAUGUGUACGUGAGUGACACCGAGGAGUGGUAUAUCAACCAGAACAACUUCCUCCGCAGUGUGAAGAAUUUCAAGAUUGACAUUCGCCUGACCAACCCCAAUGCCUACGUCUGUGGUAUCCACUGGCAGGUGGCGCAGGGCACCUCCCUGGAGAACAUCGAGUUCUACGCUCUGACCGACUCAACGCAGCAAGGGAUCUACAUGGAGAAUGGCAGUGGGGGCUUCUUGAGCGAUCUGACCUUCGUCGGUGGCAACUUUGGAGCGUUCUUUGGCAACCAGCAGUUCACCACCAGUCAUCUCGUCUUCGUGAACUGCAAGACAGCGCUUCAGAUCCACUGGGACUGGGCGUGGACGAUGCAGGAUAUCAUCAUCGAGUCAUGCGGCACUGGUAUAAUCAUUGUAGGUGGCGCCGGUGGCCCCAUGAGCAGUGGCCAGCCCGUGGGCUCAUUGAUCGUGACGGACGCCCUGAUUGCCAACACUCCCACCGGCAUUGUCACGUCGUUGUAUGCAGAGAAUUCCACGGCUCUGCUAGUCCAAAACACAGGGUUUUUCAAUGUUCAGAAUGCCAUCGUGGAUAAUGUGGUUUCGAAGACCCUUGUGGCCGGCGGUAAUGAGGUGUUUAUUGAUAAUUGGGGGUUUGGCAUGCUCUCCACUGAGUCUGGAGUCAGCCAGUUCGUCAAUGGACAGGCGAUUCCAGUGAUGAACCGCGGCGAACCUUUGCUGGCAGCCACAGGAUACGUGAAACGCAACUUCUUCACUCGUCGUCGUCCCAAAUACUACGACGUUGGAAGAGCUCAGAUCAUGGAUGUGAAGGCCCUGGGAGCAAAGGGCGAUGGGGUCACUGAUGAUGCCCCGGUGCUGAAUGCAAUCCUUCAGAAUGCCGCCAACAUGUCCUCAAUUGUCUUCUUUCCCUUUGGAGUGUAUGUGAUAAAGGAUACCCUGAACGUACCAGUUGGCAGCCGUAUCAUCGGCCAGGCAUGGGCUCAGAUCAUGGCAACUGGAAGCAAGUUUAAGGACGAACUCAACCCUCACGUUGCUGUCAAAGUCGGGGAGUCAGGGGAUGUUGGCGUUGUUGAGAUUCAGGAUAUGCUAUUCACAGUGUCAGGAAAUACUGCGGGGGCGGUUCUGAUGCAGUGGAAUGUGCACGAGUCCGCUCAGGGCUCUGCUGGUCUUUGGGAUUCCCAUUUCCGUGUUGGAGGUGCGAUCGGAUCUCAGCUACAGGCUGAGAACUGCCCAAAGUCCACCGGGAUCGUCAAAGCCGAUUGCAAGGCAGCUUCACUGCUCUUGCAUUUGACCUCCAAAUCAUCCGCAUACAUGGAGAAUGUAUGGAUUUGGGUUGCCGACCACGACCUCGACAAAGUGACCCAAGACCAGAUAGAUGUCUAUGUUGCCCGAGGAGUCCUGGUCGAAAGCCAGGGCCCAACAUGGCUGUAUGGGACCGCAUCCGAGCAUGCUGUACUGUAUCAAUACCAACUUUCUCGAGCAAGAAAUGUGCUCCUGGGCAUGGUCCAAACUGAAUCUCCGUACUACCAGCCGAUUCCCAAGGCCCCCCGGCCAUUCGCUACAGGACUGUUUCCGGACGACCCAGCGUUUGAUGACUGUCCCAGCGACUCUAAGAUCUGCGCAAUGGCGUGGGCUGUCCGAAUUAUCGAGUCUGAGAGUGUUUACCUCUUGGGUGCUGGACUUUAUAGCUGGUAUUCAGAUUACAGCCAGGAUUGCCUGAAAACGGAGAACUGCCAGCAAAGGGGAUUUCAUAUCGAGCAAAGUAACGACAUCUGGAUCUACAACCUGUGCACCAAAGCCAUCGUAGAAAUGGUCUCACCUGUCGGAGAGCUGGUGACACGAGCUGUUGAUAAUCGUAACGGGUUUCUUUCCUCCAUCCUUGCAUGGGUGCGCGUCUCAGCGAAUGAGACGAUUGGGGAGCGCGAAUUUCCUGGCUUUCAGAUAUAUGGCUCCGAAAGUGUCUACUUGGAGGACCUAACCCCAACCUGUCAGACAGCUAUGACACAGACUAUCAAAUGUCACGACGUUCUGCAAGGAUGGCAGCAACCAGUGUAUCGCGGGUCUCUCGAUGACGCGGAGCUGACUGAUGCAGUGUGUGACACGGGCUGUGGACGUUCCCUCGAAAGCUAUUACAACGGAGUUACUGCUGCUUGUCAAGGGCAGAAUUUUACCGUCGCUGCUGGAGUGACAUUUCCAGCCCGGGCAGGAGGAACCAUUUGGGCAGGAUACAACGAGACUUGUUUGAAGGACGACAACACCAAAAAGUAUUGCAAUGAUAUCAUCGAUGCGUUUACUGAAGUCGAUUCGUUUGAAGAGAUGGCACAUCCGGAGCUUUGCUCUUAUUGCUUCGUGCAAAAGCACCGAAUCAUGCAGGCGUCGCCGUAUUCCUACUACCAGGACGCGCAAGAUGACUUUUUCCAGCAGCGUCUGAAAUACAUAUACAGCCAUUGUGCUGGCGAAACUGGCCCCACGGAUAAGAAAAGCCCGCAGUACCAGCCAGUAGAGCAAGAGCCGGUCCCGUGCUUCACAGAAGUUACGUAUACCACCAAGCAGGGCGACACAUGCGAUAGCAUCGCACGCACUUACUCCGUCGCCUCCGCUGCUCUGCAGGCGGCGAACCCCGGGCUCAUAAACAAUUGUACUGAGGUCAAACCUAGUCAAGAGCUCUGCAUUCCGCUCACGUGCGAGAAGCUGUACAUCUUGCAGCCCGAGGACACCUGCGAUUCCAUCGAAACGGCCACAGGGAUCGGCUUAGACAAUCUUCGGGUGUACAAUGCAUGGAUCAAUUAUUUCUGUGAUAACCUCCAGCCGACUGUCUGGAUCCAUGGACGCACACUGUGUCUUACUCCUCAGGCUGGAUUCUACAACGUCACGGAUCCUAUCCCGGGUGUUAUCGUCGCUCCCGGUGGCAGAACAGGAUACACUGGGACGGCCAAGACGCCUCCGUCGAACGCAACUUUGGCAGCAGGGACGACACUUGCUUGUGGUAAGUGGUAUACAGUGACAGCUGCGGGUGAGACCUGUGCUAGUAUAUGUGCGUCAACCGGCAUUACCAGUGACCUGUUCCGCCAGGUGAAUCCAAGCUUGAUGGGAAGCGCUGUGGAAGAUUGUACUGGUCUACUUAAAGUCGGAUCUACGUACUGUGUGGGACCACUUUGGGGUUGGAAUACCGUAGGGAACAGCAUUUAG